AAUGGACUCAAAAAUUAUUCCACUUCAAAACAUUGACGAAUUCAAGGCAUCUAUUCUCAUCGAAGAAAGAGUGGCCAUCUUAAUCUUUACUGCAGAAUGGUUUGUAUAGUCAUUAUUUCAAGGUGUCAACCAAGUUUGAACCUAGUUACUUAAAUGAAAAAAGAGUUGGAUCAACAGAGAAAGAGACUAAGUUAAUAGACAGGUGCCAUCAAUAUCUUUGUUGUGGAUCAUGAAAAAGAAGGAUGUUAUCAAAUAGUCAAAUAGUUUGCUCCAACUACAUUGCCAUAUGUAUACUUAUUUGAGAAAGGGAAAUAUAUUGCUCAAUUUGGAGGCCUUGAUGUUUUUGCUAUGAAUAAGUUAAUCAAGAAAGCUUUGGAAUCUUCAAGAGCACUAUGAAU